AUGGCAGACGAGGGGCACAGCGAAGAAGAUGUUCUGAAAGCCCUGCUGAAUUUCAGUCGUACGAAUAUAAGAAAAAUAGAACAGAAUGAGGAGACUUUGAACACUUUUUUCUUUUGUGCCAUAACUGAUUUUUUCUUGAGGUCUGUAGAUAAAUACAAACUAGCGGUACGUAUUAACAAUUACAUAGCUAGCGAAGUUAAAAAAGAGAAAAAAAUGGGGAACAAAAAAACACUUGAAGAAGUAAAGAUUUUAAUUUUAUUUUUAAAUUCAUUAUUUGAGAAAAAUUUUAAUAGAGACUUCCUCAGCAUUGACAUUUCUUGGGUAUUUCACUUGAUAAAAUUAAAUGGAUUCUUGAACCCAAUUCUGUUUAAAUUUUUAGCAUAUAUGCUUGUCUUAACAUUUCACAUGACAGAAAAGGGGGAAAAGGGCAUCUUGAAUCUUUUGCUUUUUUUAUUAAACUGCAUUAAGAAAAGGAUUAAAAGCAAUGUAAAAGAAAACAAUCAAAAUUUUCUUCUUUUUAAAAAGGCAAAAGGGUGUUUUCCCUCAGAAAUACGGAUCGCGGAAGUGUCAGAUAAGCGAGAUAACUUCGCGCGCGUUGAGGCCGAAGAGGCAGAAAAGGCAGAAAAGGCCGAAGAGGCAGAAAAGGCAGAAAAAGCAGAAAAGGCAGAAAAGGCAGAAAAAGCAGAAAAGGCAGAAAAAGCAGAAAAAGCAGAAAACGCAGAAAAAGCAGAAAACGCAGAAAACGCAGAAAACGCAGAAGAGACAUAUGUGCAGAUCUGUUCUUCAUACGCAACAGAGUUAGACGAUGAAGAGUUUAGCUUCGGAUGGUUGUGUCAUUUGUUCAUUUUGGUUGUGGAACAAGUGGGGAAUAAGGUGAACCCAGUGGAAAGCACAGAGGAAAGAGGUUCAAGUGCAGAUGCAAGUUCAGAUAGAAGUGGAUGUGCAGGGUCAGAUAGAAGUGGAUGUGCAGGGGCAGGUGUAUAUUUUCUCCCUGAGCGCAGGCACAUCGGCAGGUAUGCAGAAGUAAAGAACAUCUCAAAAAAAAUUUUGAACUUUGUCACUUUUGUGAAAAACUCCGAAAUGCGUAACAUUAUAAUAAAAGAUUUCUGCUGCACAAUCAAGGAAUACAUAUUCACGAAAAGUGAAUUCGAAGAAGUAUGUUUGGACAUCAUCAAACGUAUGUGUUUUUAUUUAAGAAAUGAUCAAGUGGUGGAUGUUGAUUUUAAAAAUACUGAUAUGCUAGUUCCAGAAGAAGGAGAAAACAAAAGGGAAAGAUGUGACAACAGUUGCAUUGAAAGUAUGUCAAUAAUGAACACAUAUUUUGCUUUUAAUGAAAUUGUUUACUUCAAGGAAAUUGAUAAAAUGGACACUGCUCUGUUAAAUGAUGUGUACAAUUUUCAAGUGUUAUAUAUAGACUACUUGUAUAAUGAGAAAUUUUUAGAAAAUGCACAUUUAAGUGACGUGCGUUAUUUUUUAUUACUCAUGAAGAUGGCAUAUACAAAUGAAAUAAUUGUGAAGAAGGUGAUUUAUAUAUUUAACAUAAUUGUACAUAAAUUAAAAAUGAUUUGCACAAAGAAGGAAAUUUGUCUGUUUCUAGAGGCUUGGGAAUUGUAUGUGUGUAUUUUGAGAUGUAUUCAAAAUUUUUCCGUUCACUUAUUGAAAGCCAAUUGGCAAAAAAUGAUUCGUCUUUUUCUCAUGGUUAGUUCUGUGAGAAAAAAAUAUGAAAAAUGUUACAACGAAUUAAUUCUUAAGGACGUUGAAAAGAGGAAUAGUAAGCUCAUGGGGAAGAACAACGGUAGCGAUUGGAUAGGUCAUCCAUGUUCAUACCCGAAUACUGAUGGAGUGUAUAUGGUUAAGCAAAAAUUAGGAAUCAGAAUAACCAAUUCCUCCACCCUUUUUGACGAUUUAGAUUUCUACAUUUUUCAGUGUUGCACAAGAUGUGAUGGCGAAGGAAAAGAAAAAAUAAAUUUUGUACAUUACGCUGAGUUCAUAAUGCUUCGACAGAUGGAGAUUCUUAUAUGGCUUUUGCUUCACCACAAUAAUGGUACUGUAACUCGUUUUUCUCUCUGUCAGAUGUUGGACUAUGGUGACCUCUGCACUGGGGAAGGUCGCACAAAGGGAGAAUUCCCCCAGAAUGGCAGAACUGGGAGAAGUGAUAAACAGGAUCAGCGAGACAAACUGAAUGAAACGCUCGAUGUGCAAACCGUUCUGAACAGCAUGAGCGAUACCUUUCUCUUCCACAGUUUCUUUGAGGAGUGCAUAAAACCGACCUUGUUCAUAAGGGGAGAUAUACCCUUCUACGAAUUGCGAGUAAAAAAAUUUAUCAUUUUGAAGAUUUUAAAGAAGAAUUCCCUUUUCUAUGUUAAGCAGUUUCUUGCAUGUUUGAACACACUAAAAUUUUUCCAUACUAAUGUACGCAUUAUCUUGGAAAGUUUACUUCAUUCCUUACAUAAUCUGGAAGGGCCUUACAUAUCUGAGGGGCUUUUCUCUUACAAUCUCGUUGACCCCAAUAGAAGUGGGAAAAAGGUGAGGACAUUUGAGAAGGACGAAUGUUUGCAUCACAACCUGCAGGAAAUUAUUGUAGGAAUCACAAAAAAUGUAAGUAAUAUUUGCAUAAGUAAACGGAGGGAUAUUCUUACACUAAUGUUGCAGACAGUUGUAAAAUUGAAUGAGCACGUAACCAUAUUCAAUUGUGUAAAAAAAUUCUGUAUUUUUCUGAAUUUCUUCGAAGACAACUUUUUUGUUGAAAAGAUGAAUUACUUUCAUGCCUUGUUGAAGUUAAAUGAAAGUUGUAUGGUAAAAGAAAAUAUUGAAAAAAGCUCUCAAAAGAUGGUAAAUUUAAUUUCACUUAAGAAUAAAAGCAAUGAAUUGUUAAUAAACUGUUUUCUCAAAAAUUGUAACAAAGUUGUAUUGACGAAUCAGCAUGUGUAUAUAUGGGGAUACUUGCGAUUUUUUCAUUUAUAUGUAACAUGUAAGGAUAUGCAAAAUGAAAAUUUCCUUUUUUGUACAGAAGCAGCAGAGACGAACGAAUUGAUGACUCUUUUCUUGUUUUAUAUUUUUAAGUAUAACUUGAUGUACCUCUUUGACCGGGAAAAUUUGAACCAAGUGAUGAUCCACCAUCUGAAAAGCUUGAGACAUUUUCUCCUUUGUCAAGGGGAAAGUGCUACGUGUGAACGUGCAGUUGGAGUGGCAGAUCGUGCAGCUGGAGUGGCAGAUCGUGCAGUUGGAGUGGCAGAUCGUGCAGUUGGAGUGGCAGAUAGUGCAGUUGGAGUGGCAGAUCGUGCAGUUGGAGUGGCAGAUCGUGCAGUUGGAGUGGCAGAUCGUGCAGUUGGAGUGGCAAAUCGUGCAGUUGGAGUGGCAGAACAUGUAGAUGGCGUGGCAGAGCGUGCAGUUGGAGUGGCAGAACAUGUACAAGUUCGAAGUGGCCAUUUAAGCAAGAACCACCCCAAUAAGGACAAUCUUUUAAACAUGCUUUUCCUUUUUGUUGAUACUCUCGAAUUUUUAGCACCAAAUAACGACAGCACAGGGGCUAAACAUGUUUCUUAUUACAAAGGUGAAGUAAAUUUCGAAGCAGAGAAGAAUUAUGCAAGAGUCAACAGAAUGGACAUAUCAACAUUUUUAAAGGAAAAAAAUACUACUCCCCCACUACAACAGCAGAACUUCAUAGAACAAAAUAACCUCUUCUAUGAACUGACAAAGGGAUUGCACGAUGAAUGUGUAAAGUACAUAAUCAAUUUUGCAAAUGGUAAGAAGCAGGAGGACAGCAUUAGAACCAUUUUAACUCUUGCAUUUAUGGCCAAUGUUGGUGUGCUGUUUCCACACGCAUGUAAAGUAGUUCCAAACGAGAUGAUAAUACAUCUUGAGAUGAAAAGAACUUACAAUGAGGACUAUCGAAAAGGGGUAAAUAAUGGACAAUAUGGAAACAAGCACUUUGAAAAGUUCCAUUACUAUAAGUACAAAUUUGCAUAUAUCAAUAUGUGCAACUGUGCACUCAGCAAUUCCCCUCUAAUCAGGGAGGCUCACCCCGAACGGCAGCAGAGCCAGGAUCAGGUGGAUAGUUUAAAGCCAUCCGAUUUUUUGAAGCAAUCUGACAGUUUGAAGCAAUCUGACAGUUUGAAGCAAUCGAAUUUUUCGAAUCAAUCUGAUAGUUUGAAGCAAACGGAAGAUGUCUUCACGUUUGCAGAAAAAGUAAUUGGUGAUAUUGAGCUAUGCAAGGACGAGCUAGUAUAUCUAUACAUGAUUAUCAGAAGAUUUGUUAUUCCAUCGGUUUUUUGCGACAGCGUUGAUAGAACAAAUGAGGAAAAUUCCCACGAGGAAAAAAGUAAAGCAUGUCCCCAUCGAAAGGAAAAUCAGAAGAGCAAUAAGGAGAAGAUGUCAGAUUGUUCUCUAUGUACGAGCAUAACAAAUGGAAGGAGAAAGAUUUUGUUUCUUCUGCUUCAGCAAAGCGAUCUUCUGAUUGACCGGUGUUGCACUUGUAAAUAUCCACCACAGAUAUUGGAACUUGUGUUUAUAACCCUGUUUCAUCCCUUAAUUGUGAAAUAUGACAUGAAUUUGCAUAUGAACUCAAAGAAGCAGAGAACAAGCGAUGGGCAGACCUUUUACCUCCUAAAUUAUGUGCAGAAAAUUUUGGAAUACGGGAAAACAAAACUAUCGAUAAGUAGAAGCAUAGUGAUUCCAUUUCUUUCAUCAUUUUUUAUGGCAAUCAUUGAAGGUAGUGACAUAAUUAAAGUGAAAAAAGAGUAUAUAGACAAAAUUGUACAGGUGAUUGUGGAUAUUUUGGUAUACAAAGAGUUUGUAUUAGUAGAUUCGAAAGAAAGCUUUACAAACAAUCACUACAAAAUGAAAAGAGGCAAUAUUCUCUUACAUCAAUUUGUGAAUGAACAUAUAUGUUUCCAUUUUUCCAAUAAAAUACAGAAUAAUGAACAUGUUAUAUUCCCGUCUGAUCUUUAUCGAAUACACCAUACACCAAUCUUCCUCAGAUUGUUGACCCUUAUGUUUUUGAUAAAUUUAUUUGGCUUACUAGAGGAGAAAUAUUUUUCUCGUUACAAAUUCUGUCAAGUAAAUUUAAUCCAUAUGAGCAAAGGUCAUGAUGUGCACAUCCGAAAUGCAAGACGUGUUGCCAAAGAGCACUUGCAUGAAAGAAGAAAACUCAUUUUAGAGAUUUACGAGAAUCUUCUUCUUCAGAUUCUGAACCGAAUAAAAAACAAAAAUGUCACGUCAAACGGGAAGAAAUGUCAAACUGGGAGAGGCGGCCAUCCGACGAAUACGUCGUCAGCUUGGCUAGCCACCAAUUCUGCAUCUGGAUCUGCAUCUGGAUCUGCAUCUGUAUCUGCACCUGCAUCUGCACCUACAUCUGCACCUGCAGCCGCUUCCCCGCUGCCGUCGUCGAGCGGACACAACACGCAACUGAGGGGACUGCAAGCACUGUGCUGUUUGUCAAAAUAUUUUUUGCAUCUAAAGAAGGGGAAAAGAAAAGGAAUAAUUUCAAAAGUGAAUCAACUGCUACAAGAUGAUCAUCUAAACAGCACACGGCAAUACUUGGAAUUAUUUUGUCUCUCAAUUAGUAAUUCUUCCUUCGUUCUGCUCUAUCCAUAUUUAAAAAAACAUAUCACAGAUAAAAAUACAAAUUUGCAACUGGUUGUAAGUUCAUUAAUGAUAUGCUCUUACAUCUUAUUGAAAAGCAAGUUUAGUUAUUACUCCUUCACAGAAUUGUAUGUCAGUUCAUCCUUUUCUCAAGCUUGUCUCUCUAGUGGAAAUUCCCGGAUUGGAAAAAUUUCCUUUGAAGGAAAAAAGCAGAAGACGCAUGAACUCAGUGCAGAAGGAAGGCUGAAAAGAGCAACUAAGAGAAGGAGCAGAGAUGAUACAAGAAAAAUUAAACAGAUUGUCAACCAAAUUGUGAAGAGAAAUCAGAAUAAUAAAGAAGAAAUUGUUAAAGAUAUGAAGAAGAGGUAUUCACAAAUGUUAUCAAAAGUUAUCAAAGAGAAGCAGGGGAGAAGCAGCUCUUGUGUUCACCCCGAGAAGGGGUUCCACAAAGAGAUUAAAAUCAAUCAAGGAAAUGAUGAUCAUCAUAGGGAGCAGCAUAACCAGAAGCAUCAUUAUGAGCAGCAUAACCAGCAGCAUCAUCAUGAGCAGCAUAACCAGCAGCAUCAUCAUGAACAGCUUCCCCAUCAGGAAUACGAAAGAGAAAAGAUAUACCCAUCGAAUAAGAGUUACUUUUAUUCAGAAUUUAUACGCAAAUGCUUAAUUUCAUUAGUAGAACAGGUUGUUAGUCUAUGUUCAUCUCACGCAGCAUUAGUGAGAAGUAUUGCACAGUAUACCCUUUACAGGUUUGUAAAAAUAAGAAAAGAAAUUUUGACGAACCCAUUUUUUUCAUGUAUCUAUUCAUAUAUUAAAAAUAAUAAGGACUGCAAACGGAUUAGGAAAAAAAUGAAAAUACAAUUUCAUAAGUGGACUCCAAGCGCGUUUGAUGAUAUCAGCAUUCUACUUCCUGCAUAUAAUUAUUCAUACAAUAAUUUCGAUGAAGAUAUAAAUGAAGAAAAUACUAACACCUUUACACAUGUUUUAAGGAAUUAUGAAUUAGUCACAUCAUACACCUUCAUUGAUAUGGUGAAAAAGGAUGUACAGCAGGAAAUGUCAAGUAUCAUGUUUAAUAUAGACUUGGAAAAGCAACAUAAAAAAGAAGCUCUCUCCUUGAGGAAUACCAUUUCUCCCCCCAACUUUUCUGAUCUUUUGCAUGGAGAGAUGUACAUAAACCAUAGAGAAGAAGCAUACGUAACAGCGGAUAAUGAACCAAAUGUAGAGAAAUUGUUUUUAGGGAUGGGUGAAGAAAUAUCAAUAGAAACAAUUUUGGAGAGAAACAAAAAAAAUUAUCAAAAAAAAUUCGACCCGAUUAAUGAUAUAAUCCAAAUUAACAAUGAAUUUAGAAAAACUUAUCAUCAAAUGGUAAGGGUAAAAAGAAAUAAAAAAUUAAUUGUCGUGGCAUCACUAAUUGAUAAAGUACCUAAUUUAGCUGGGCUAUGUAGAACAUGUGAAAUUUUUCAAGUGAAAAAAUUAUAUGUUCAUAAUGCAAAUAUUGUGAAAGAUUUUCAAUUUCAGAAAAUAUCUUCCACUGCAAAUAAGUGGAUGUAUGUAAAAGAAUUAAAAAAAAGUAACAUUUUAAAGUAUAUAAUUAAAAAAAAAAAAAAAUAUUCCAUCAUAGGACUAGAACAAACCAAUUGUAGCCAACCCCUAAACACAUUUACAUUUCCAGAAAAAACUAUCUUAAUUUUGGGAGACGAAAAAGAGGGACUCCCGUCCUCCAUUCUUCUCUUCCUCCAUUAUUGUAUCGAAAUACCUGGAAAAGGAAUCAUACGCUCAUUGAAUGUGCAUGUUUCUGCAGCCGUUACCAUAUAUGAAUAUUUCAAGCAGCACAUUCUGUGA